UUCGUGCGAACGGAGAACCGCCUACAAAACGCAGGCUUCGUCGGGGUUACGAUUUCUUUCGGAUUCCCGCUUAGACUAGUCGUUUACCGUCUCCGUUUUCUCUCCCUCGACGGGAUCUCUCUAUCGUCUCAUCCGUUAUAGGUGAUCCCAAUGUCAAAGAAAAGAGGUCUUUCUUUGGAGGAGAAACGUGAGCAAAUGCUUCAAAUUUUUUAUGAGUCUCAAGAUUUCUUUCUUCUAAAAGAGCUUGAGAAGUUAGGUCCCAAGAAAGGUGUGAUAAGUCAGUCAGUGAAGGAUGUUGUGCAAAGCUUAGUGGAUGAUGACCUUGUUUUGAAGGACAAAAUAGGCACUUCUGUAUACUUUUGGAGUCUUCCUAGUUGUGCUGGAAAUCAGUUGAGAAACACUCGAUCCAAGCUUGAGUCUGAUCUUUCAAGCAGUAGGAACCGUUUUGCUGAGCUGAUCGAACAAAGGGACAACUUGAAGAAAGGCAGGGAGGAGUCUGAUGAGAGAGAGGUUGCUCUGGUGGAGCUGAAAGCUGUUGAGCUUCAGCAUAACAAGCUGAAGGAAGAAUUAGCCUGUUAUGUAGACAAUGAUCCAGCUGCGGUUGAACAAAUGAAAGUUGCAAUUGAGGUUGCACAUUCAGCAGCUAAUAGAUGGACAGACAACAUAUUUACCCUACAACAAUGGUGUUCAACCAACUUCCCUCAAGCCAAAGAGCAACUUGAACAUUUAUACAAGGAGGUCGGAAUAACAGAUGAUCUGGAAUAUCUGCAAUGAUCUGAGUUCCUUGCUGUUGGUGGACUUCACUGCCUAUCCUCCGGAAUAGAGCUUAUUGAAGUUCCAAUCACUGGACACCUUGAACAUAUUUCCUGAAAGAAGUGAAAUGUAAUGUGACUUUAGUUUCAGAUUCUGAUCGCAAAUUUUGGGCUUGUAUCCCGAGCAUAGUGGCUUACUAGCCUCAGCUACUUCUCCAAAAGACUGGUCUACUUAAAGACUUGGAGCCUGGUUGCGUAAAGACUUGAUACAUCUGAACCAGUAAGUUUCCGGCUGAGAAUAAUUACACUCCAAAA